UGCCGAACAUGUUUGUGUUUGCAAAACAAAGAAGAAGAAAAAACAUCAUUUAGCAUAUCGCUGUAUCGUUACCGGUUAGCAGAAACAUUGACAUUGUGUUUUGUGUGAAGUUUCUUGAAGAUGCCAGUGGCAGUCAUGCUGGGAGAACAUUACGAGAAGCUUCUGGAGCAAUGUGAGACUCAGGAGCUGGAGGCUCCAGGUGGCAUUGCAACUCCACAAGUGUAUUCCCAGUUACUGGUCCUCUACCUGCUGCACAAUGAUAUGAACAAUGCCAGGUAUCUUUGGAAGCGGAUUCCACAAGCAAUCAAAACGGCACACCCAGAACUGGCAGCUAUUUGGGCGGUAGGACAAUGUAUCUGGCAGCGAGAUUUCCCAGGCAUCUACAGUGCAAUUGCUGCCUAUCAGUGGUCUGAACCAAUUCUUCCUGUAAUGGAGUCUCUAAGAGAGUCUACCCGCAGGAGGGCAUAUGGCCUUGUAGCCCAAGCAUACACGUCAAUCAGUGCAGAUGACUUUGCCUCCUUUGUGGGAUAUUCCGUGGAAGAAGCUGUAAAGGGUGUUAUCAGUCAUGGGUGGCAGGCGGACCCUAAUGCCCGAAUGAUAUUGCCACAGAAACCAGAUCCACCCCCUGUCUCUUUGGUUCCAAACGAGCAACAGCUGGCCAGACUCACUGACUACGUGGCUUUCCUUGAGAACUGAUCCCCCUACCCUUAACCCCCCUUUUCCAUCUUCUCAGCUAAACAGUGUGAAUUCAAAGGUCUUAUGUAUGUUCUUCCUGUUUUUAACUGAGUGACAUACAGGACUCUCCCAGAUGCGAAUCUUACACUAUGCAUGUGUUUCUUGAAGUUGGAUUUGAUUUUGCUGUUGUUUAACAUACAAUAUUUGGCCCGUGCUCUUAUUUGCCUGGAUAAAUAUUAAAUUAUUAUUUAGCAUAUCAAAUCAAUUUAAGUAUUCCUUGAAAUGUGCAUGGAACAAAUUCUUGUCACAAAUGUCACAAAUUAAUCACUAGACAGCUCAUGAUGGUUUCUCCUUAUAUCCCAUGCUAUAAAGCAUAAAAGACUCUGUUGUGCAUAUUUUUACUUGAUGCUAAAAGUGUAUUAUAAAGGCAUAAAGAGUGCACAUUUGAGAAAACAAACCAUGCAUGUGUCAUACAUAUGGGGUGUACAUGCAACCGUGGAAUAUUAGCACUGUGCACUAGAAAUAAAUGGAAUACAACUAUGUUCAGUGCUGCAUGUAUUGAAAUAAGGUUUAAUGUUUAAUGUAAUUGUGUUCACAGAACACCUAAAGACUGUAUCUAAACUUUUUACUCCAACCUUCUUGAGAAAGUUCUCUUUUACCUGCUACACAUCUGUGAUUGUCAUAGUUCUUGUUUUAUUCUAUUGCCAGUUGUUUUUUCAACAGGAAUAAACACAUAAAAUGAA